UAUUAGAAGUCACAUUGACAUGUAGACAAUAUUUCAUCGGAAAAAAGGUUUAGGAAGUUAUACAACCUUUUCGUACUAAAUGGUAUGGAAUUCUUAAAAAAAAAAAAAAAAAAAACUCUGAAGGAAGUAACUGUAAAUGGACGGAGAUGAAUUUGACGGUUUGAAACCAUCCAAGAAAAAUAGUUAAAGAAGGGGCCGAUUGAAACUAACGAAUUUUUCGGGAAAUUUUGCAGCUUCAGAGCGCGGGGUUUGCUUCCUUCUUUCCCCUUCGUCCCAAAAACCAAAAGAACUCUCAAUCCUUCCUGACCCAAAACUGCCGGGAAAACACAAAUUAAGGGGACAGAAGGGGAGAAAAGAUUCACCCACGAACACAAACGCACAGACGAGCAGAGAAAAAUGGUUCCUUCCUGUCUCUCUGCAUCUUUCGAGAGAGACGAGGAGGUUAGAGAACCGGAAUCGGCAUUGUCAGUUUGUUGUUUCAGGUAGGCGAGAAGAAGAAGAAGAAGAAUCGAAGGAGAAAAAAGGAACGUGAGGCAUUGAUUGAAGAUGUGGAUGCCAAGAACAAUCACGGAGAGGAAGGAUGCCGGUAAUGGCGUGGUGGCGGUAGCAGUAGACAAGGACAAAUCCAGCCAAAACGCUCUCAAAUGGGCAAUCGACAAUAUUCUCCAGAGAGGCCAGACCGUGAUUCUCAUUCAUGUCAGAGUUAAGCAGCAGCCUCAAUCCUGCUCCCUUGCUGCUCCCAGAAUGAACCAGGUGAGUGAUGCCAAUGGUGAAAGCUCGUUGGUUUGCAGAAACCCUGAUUCUCAAACUAAGGAGGUGUUCCUUCCUUUUCGAUGCUUCUGCACUCGUAAAGACAUUCAAUGUCAUGACGUUGUGCUGGAAGAUUCAGAUGUAGCGAAAGCAUUGAUUGAGUACACGAAUCAGAUGGUGAUUGAGACUUUAGUGUUGGGUGCCACCUCCAAAGGGGGAUUUCUCAGAUUCAAGACCACAGACAUACCUGGGACUGUAUCGAAAGGGGCACCUGAUUUCUGCACAGUGUAUGUUAUAUCGAGAAGCAAAAUCCAGUCUGCAAGGUCUGCUUCUCGUCCUGCUCCCCAAACCUCUCCUUUCCGCAACAUGUCUAGCCAAUCAAGCAUUAGGUCCAGUUCAUCAGAUCAUUCUGUCCCACAGACACCUGCUAAAAGAGGUACUGAUAGGCCUCCAAUUGAUCCUCCACGGAAAUCAAAUAGUAGUGAGACUUCAGAUUUUUUCAGGUCUCCAUUGACGAGGAAAGGCAUGAAUGCAAAAUCAUAUGGUGAUAUAAACUUGGCAGAGACGGAUAUAUCUUUUGUUAGCUCAGGAAGACCAAGCGUUGAUCGCAUGUUCCCAGCAUUCUAUGAUAAUAACAGCAAUCCAGAUCCAGGGCGACCACCACGGCUGUCAAACCUUUCAGAGUUCGAAAAUGAUCUCAAUAGCUUUGAGUCGUCAAUGCAACCUGGUAGGAGAUCACUAGAUAUCACCUCAUCCCCUAGAUUGUCAUCAGUCUCACAGGAAAACGAAAGGCUCUCGUCGGCAUCACAAUCCAUGGACGAUGUGGAAGCUGAAAUGAGAAGGUUGAAGCUAGAGCUUAAGCAAACAAUGGAAAUGUACAGCACAGCUUGUAAAGAAGCACUUGUAGCACAGCAGAAGGCAAGGGAUCUACAAAUGUGGAAGUUGGAAGAAGAGAGGAGGCUCGAAGAAGCAAGACUAGCUGAGGAAAAUGCUUUGGCAAUAGCCGAGAGGGAGAAAGCCAAAACCAAAGCAGCCAUCGAGGCUGCUGAAGCUGCUCAAAGGAUUGCAGAGCUAGAAGCACAGAAGAGAAUCAACGCGGAGAUGAAAGCAAUUAAAGAAGCUGAAGAGAAGAAGAAAGCACUUAACACUAUCAUGCAUUCUGAUGUCAGAUACAGAAAGUAUAGCAUCGAGGAUAUUGAAGCUGCCACUGAAAAUUUCUCUCAAUCCCGCAAAAUCGGAGAAGGAGGUUAUGGUCCUGUCUAUAGGUGCAAUCUUGAUCAUACACCGGUUGCCAUUAAGGUCCUUCGACCUGAUGCUGCUCAAGGAAGGUCCCAGUUUCAGCAGGAGGUUGAGGUGUUGAGUUGCAUUAGGCACCCAAACAUGGUCCUCCUACUGGGAGCCUGCCCGGAGUAUGGAUGCUUGGUGUACGAGUACAUGGCGAAUGGCAGCCUAGAAGACCGUCUCUUUCGACGAGGCAACACCCCGCCCUUAUCAUGGCAGCAUAGGUUCCGAAUCGCUGCAGAAAUCGGAACCGGCUUGUUAUUCCUCCACCAGACCAAGCCAGAACCCCUUGUCCACCGAGACCUGAAACCAGGCAACAUUCUCCUCGACCGCAACUUCGUCAGCAAGAUCAGCGACGUCGGUCUGGCCAGGCUGGUCCCACCUGCUGUUGCAGACAGCGUGACACAGUACCGAAUGACAUCCACCGCUGGCACGUUCUGCUACAUCGACCCGGAGUACCAGCAGACCGGAAUGCUGGGUAUCAAGUCCGACAUCUACUCCCUCGGGAUCAUGUUCUUGCAGAUAAUCACAGCCAAGCCGCCGAUGGGGCUGACACACCAUGUGGACAGGGCCAUCGACAGGGACACGCUGGCUCAGAUGCUCGACCCCGUGGUGCCCGAUUGGCCAAUGGACGAGGCCAAGAAGUUUGCUCAGUUGGCGCUGCAAUGCGCCGAGUUGAGAAGGAAGGAUCGGCCUGAUCUCGGCAAGGUGAUCUUGCCUGAACUCAACCGGUUAAGAACCCUUGCAGAGGAGAGUAUGCAGCAACAACAGCAACUGCCCUUUUUUGCUGGCAAUACUUCCCUGCAUUCCUCCUCCCAGGUUUCUCUCAAACUAAAUGAACCUGCUUCUGUAUAGAGCGGCUGCAGCCUGCAGGGGAGCUGGAAACGAGCUGAAAGUCAUGUACUGUUGACAGCAGCCAUGCAAGAACCCUGAAGAGGCGAAGAUGCAUGAAUAUUUGUACAUUGUUGUUCUUCUUUCAAUCAUUUUCCCUUUUUCAUGGUGCAUAUAGGAGUGGUGGAUUGUGAAUUUUGUUGUAGAUAGGUGGUGCGAAACGCAAGGAAGGGCAACCUGACCCGAUACAGGGGAUUUGAGCUCAAAUUCAGCUGCUCUCGUAUUAUUAUUUUUGUAUGAUAAUGUAAAAAGAAGGUUAUUUUAUAUCUUUGACUUUCUCAGGAAUGACACCUAACAAAUCCAACAGGGAUUGUUUUUUUGGUUUAUAUUUUAUUAAAAAAUUUGGUAUUUGUAUUCACAAUGUGUAAGGUUAGAGCUCGUAAAUGGUUGCAACUUGCAAGUAACAAAAACCGGACACAAAAUUACACCAGAGAUCGUGAAAAAGGUCUCAAGUUCGGUCAUAUAUAAACCAUUAGAAUUGAUGUAGAAAUGACUAAUAGAAGGAACGGUUGUGCAGACAAACAACAUCGUAGUUAAGUAUGAGUAACAAAUAACUGUUGAUCACGUUCCUUAUAGUUUAUCAAGUUAACCGGAAAAAAAUUGUUGGUCGUAAUCAUAACAGGACGGUCCAUUUGAUGACAAAAAAAAGUCCUUUAAUUAUACCCUAAUUUGGUAUGGUUCGAUUUCCGUUUUUGAUUUUGCAAUCAACCAUGUGAGUUGUGACUCGAGUAUAUCUCAAUUCUCUCGCUAAUACAAAUUAACUUUCAAAAAAAAAAAGGCUUCCUUAUAAUUUCUACUAAGUGAUUAUUUUGUAACCGGCUUAAUUGCAAGUUUGGUCACUCGAAUUGCUACAAAAUUUCACGUUUGCCACUCAAAUUAAUUUAUUCCAUUUAUAGUCACUUAAAUUAGGUUAACAGUCCAAGUUUGGUCACUGGCCGUUAGUCUCCGUUAACUUUUGCUGAUGUGGCGGUCAACUCUUAUAGUUGACCGUUAAAUGAGUGACGUGGCGAUUAAAAAAUUAAUAAAAUAAUUUAAUUUAAUUAUUUUUUAUUUUCCACCUAAUUAUUAUAAAAAUAAAAAAAAACCUAAUUCCUACGGGCGGUGAAAAUAACAAUUAAAAGGAAUUAGGUUUUAUUUAUUUAUUUUUAUAAUAAUUAGGUGGAAAAUAAAAAAUAAUUAAAUUAAAUUAUUUUAUUAAUUUUUUAAUCGCCACGUCACUCAUUUAACGGUCAACUAUAAGAGUUGACCGCCACAUCAGCAAAAGUUAACGGAGACUAACGGCUAGGGCUGUUAAUGAACCAAGCCGCUCAUGAACGGCUCGGUGUGCGAUUCGAGAAAAACUCAUUUUAUACUCGAUUCGUUUUAAUCGAGCCGACUCGCGAACAAGCUCGUUAAUUAAACGAGCCGAACUCGAGCCAUACCAUGUUCAGCUCGAAAGCUCGCGAACAAGCUCAUUUAAUGGUUUGGCAUAAAAAAAGAAUUAGAAUUCAUGGAUUUUAUGUAUUGAAAUUGGAAUAAAUAUUGUGUUUUACUUUGCUACAGAGUUAAAUGUACUUUUGUGCGUAGUUCUAGGUCAAUCUUGAGCUAUCAUGAACAUUUUAUGAGCUGAACUUGAUUUUGGGCUCGUUAAGCUUAUUUGACGAGCCGAGCUCGAGCCGAGCUCGAGCUUUCAUUUUCAUAAACGAGCCGAGCUCGAGCUUGCAUAUUAAAGCUCGUGACGAACACGAGCCGAGCUCGAGCCUGGAAAUAUAUUAACGAGCCGAGCCCGAACUAUGGCAAAGCUCGACUCGACUCGGCUCAUUAACAGCCCUAACGGCCAGUGACCAAACUUGGACUGUUAACCUAAUUUAAGUGACUAUAAAUGGAAUAAAUUAAU